ACCGGUGUAGGCUAGUAAGAUGCAUGUAUUUAUUUGUAAUGUAACACAACAACAGAAAAAGCUUGUUCCGGGAAGAAAGAACACCGUCAUGACUAGACUGAAUACGUGUUUUCUCGCGUACUUGACUGGCACAAAAACAAGACGUCACAAAUUGGAUUCGUCAGCAAGUCAAAACAGCAAUGGAUUCCAAACGUGCAAAUGCACAGAGUUGACACGACGGCAACAUAAAGAUAAACUCCGGAGACGCACAGUAGUCAACCGGACAAAUAAACUGGUCUGGGUGAAAGGGUCCUAGCCGGCCGCCAUGGGGAGCGUGUUGUUUCGCAGCGAGAGCAGGCUGUCGCUCUUGCCGGAGAGGUCGAGCUCCAGGCGGCGAGGCGACGAGAAAGACUCGGAUAAUGAUGACUCUUUGGACGGGCUUGUCAGGCGGGAAGACAUCGCCCAGUUCCCCUACGUGGAGUUUACCGGCAGAGACAGCAUAACAUGCCCGACUUGUCAAGGGAGUGGACGUAUACCCUCAGAGCAAGUCAAUGAGCUGGUUGCAUUGAUCCCAUACAGCGAUCAAAGGCUGCAGCCUCAAAGAACGAAGCUCUACGUGGUUCUGUCGGUCGUGCUGUGUUUCCUGGCCUCCGUGCUGGUGGCCUUCUUCCUCUUUCCCCGCUCGGUCGUUGUGGUAGAUGACGGGACACGGGCGGUUACGGUGCGCUUCGACCAUGCCAACUACAAGGUCCAAAUGAACCUGACGAGUACGCUCAACUUCAGCAACCCCAACUUCUUCUCAGUGCGAGUGCAGAGCGUCACCUGUCAGGUGCUCUACAUGAAGAAGGUGAUUGGGACGCAUCAGCUCAACAACGCUACCACCAUCUUGCCCCUCAGUCAGAGCCAGGUGAACUACACGGUCAGCGUGGAGAUUGACAGAAGUGCGCCGUACGUCUAUGCCUUCUGCACCAUGCCCAGCAUCAAGGUCCACAACAUUCUUGUUUUUAUGCAAACCUCAGUGAAAACCUCACACAUGGUACGAACGUCCCAGAACAGCCUGGAAGCAUAUCGCUACAUUGACUGCGGUUCCAACAGCACGUACCAGCAGGCCACGCAGCACCAGCAGUAUCCCUUCUCAGCCCACAGCCACCUUUAGGACGGGAUGGAUCACCCAUGACUGUGGUCUUGAAUGGAGCAGCUUACUAAAGAAGGUCGGCUUUUGAAUCUCAUUAAAGCUAUGUUAGGCUUUUAGUUUUUUUAAGAUUUUGGUAAAGAGUUCUCACACCUCUGACAAAGUACAUGCAUUCCACAUGUUGAAAUGGACAUGAGUCUUUUCCAAAGAUAUGCUCUUUAGAGGGAUGUUUGGAUUUAUUACAUGAAGUUGUAUCCCCAUCCCCAUCAGCAUUCUAGCACAUUAACCGUGAAUUAGGAGACUCUAAGUCCAGUUCUGGUCAGACUUCUGUAAUGAAGAACGUAGUUCCGCUUAGUUGCUGAACUACAGAAAUCUAACUAGAACAGGACUUAGGAGACCCAGUGGGGGGUAAGUCGCUGUUAAUGGACUACAAUGUUGAUGGGGAUGUCAUACAACUUCAUGUUAAAAAAAAUCUGAACUAUCCCUUUCAGGGAAUAUUUUUUGUGGGCUUUAUUUAACUCUGCACAGAUUCCAGCAUGUAUUUACACUGCAGGGCUGCAACGACAUGGACAAAAGUGGGACAAAAGUGCCUUGGUACAAACUGCUGUGUUGUUUAAGUAGCUAUAUGAAAGCAUUUCUAGCACAAAAUGCUUGUUUUUUUUUUUACUGAUGCACAACUAAUGAAGCGUAUUUUAUAUAGAUGAUGAUGUGAAGCUAUACUUCUGCCUCAUAAGUGCAUUUCAACUCUUUUUGGAUUGUAUCUUGAAUGUAGCGUGAAUGACUUGUUACUUAUUAGGAUGUCACAUGAAAUGCACACCCUUGCAGUACCACUGUAUAGAUUUCUAGAUGAUUUUGUUCUUUGUAAAAAAAAAUAAUAAUAAUAAUUGGAUUGGUGGAUUUUUUUCAUUUUUUAAAAUAAUAAAUAUCUGUUUCUCUUCAGUAAGCACUAAAGGAACUGUGAAUAAACUUGUUACAAUAUGCCAUGAAUGACAAGCAUGUAAGGUACCACAUCAUUAUCACUUUAUUCUAUUCUUCCUUAUUUUUUUUUUUGCAUACAAAAUAGCAGAAUAUCCUUUUUGAACAAAACAGUUUCCUUUUUACUGUAUGUCUCAUACAUGGUCCUAUAGCUGCAUGUGAAAAUAUAUUACUACAUAAUAUAGAGGUAAAUACAAAUACCACAAUAUAUUACUGCUGUAAUAAACAUAGUGUUUUCUCACUAAAAUAAAUGCGUAGCAGAGAUACAAGGAGGAGUUAAGUACAAAAAUAUAGUUGGAUAAAAAGCUUAUUAAUUCAUACAAAGAGUGCUUCAUCUUUGGUUAAAUACAUUUUUUUGGCCGCCGUUUGACUUGUACACAAAAGCGUGUGGAAAAAGUCACUAAAAUAACUGUACAAUAACACUGUACGCCUUUCCUCACGUCGCCUUUUCCCACUCGUUUCACUUACGUUCCGUUUAAUUAACAGCGACACUCCCCUGAAUACUUUCAAAUCGCCUCCUGCCCACACACACACAUACACACACGCACUUGGUUAAAAGAAGUUAACAUGACUGUUUGCGCUCACUAGAAUCUCCAUUUGCUGUCAUGAACAGUGUAUGAGUGGCGAGAAACAGGAUUGUCGUUAAUGUUCAAGUGUGACGUGUUACACAAGUGGACUUGGUGAUGGAAACACACAUCCUGCAUGGGUAGUGAGAAACUAAACAACAUAAUAAUAGUCUUUGGUCUUGUUUACUGUCAGU